AUGCUGUUUACAUGUUUUGUGUUUUCUCCUCAUGCCUGGUAUUGUACAACUUGAAAAAUUUUCUUGAUUCGUUGCUGCUGCACGUCUGUAUGAAUGACUGAGAAAGUUUAAUUUCAGCACAGGAUAACAAAAUGAAGGGAAAGAAUUGUAUGCUUCUCUGUAGUUUCAGAUCGUUCAGAAAGAAAUAAACCAGACCACCGUUCAUCAGGCCAAGGUCCCCUGUCAUCCAUUAAAGCAGCAAUCAAGAGAACACUCAUGAAUAGUGCACAUCAAAUAUGCCCCGUAGAAGAGCUUCUCGGACAUCUUAUCACAGUGAACAGCAAAGAGAAAGAAGACGCCCGGAAAUCACAAUAGUUGCAGCUGAGCCACUUGGACCAUCCUCCUGGUUUCCAGGUGGAAAUCGUGUCCCUCAACAAGGGCUAGUAUUCCAGUCAACUCAUAGCCAGACACCUUGGAGAGCCAGUGAACUUGUUCCAGCUGAGCCGCCUUCAUAUGAGCAGGUAAUCAAAGAAAUCAAUCAAGUACAAAUCAUCCCAGCCAGCAGUAAUAAUGCUGCCUGUGCUGCUAAUUCUAGAUGUACUACUACAUCUUCAACACAGACUGACUUUCCAGAACAGAUAAUCAGCAAUUUGCCAGGAAUAAAUGUGAAAAAUAAUCUGUCUAUUCUCUCUGAAUGCAAAAAUACUCCAGUUACACAUACUUCUCAGAAGCCACCUAGACCUUCAUCAUCUCUGCUAAACAGCAAUCCUCCCCAAAAUGAACAACUCUUAGUUAUCUUAGACGACCAGACAUCUCAGGAGAAGUCUAAUGCUGUGAUAUGUCCUGUGCCAAAACCAAGAUCAAAAGGCAAUCUGAAACCUGUGGCUAAAGACAAUCAAGCAAACAAUCAGGAAGAAACAAGCCAGUCAAGGAGUGAAAAGGAUGAUUUAUCCAAUCAUUUGAUGUUCCUAUUAGAUGAUAACCUUAGGGACAGUCAUAUAGUACUGGACAGCAUGGAUACAGACAAGAACCAAAGUAAUGUAUUAUCACGGAUUAAAUCGUUUGAAAUGCAAGGGAACAUUGAAACUUCAGGACUAACCAAGAAACCAGAAGUAUCUCCACGCUCAUUAGGCCCCAAAUCUAUAAUUAGUGCAAAAAAGCCUGUGGUGGCACCAAAGCCAGGAGUUAACAGAGCAUCAGGAGAGUGGGAGUCUUGGACAGAAAAUAAACAAAAAGUCGUCUCCCAAGAGAAGCCCCUUCAAUCUCAGGAAGUUGGGAGCAACAUUAUAACCAAGCCUGAAUUGCCAAAGAAACCAACAUCAGUGAGUGUAAAGAGUAACAGCAAUGGGCUCCUUAAUCCAGGAAGCAGGUCACCUUUGGAGAAUACUGAUGGACAGAGAAAACUUCCCAUUCCUGCUCCUAGGCCACUUGUUCCCAAGAAGUCAGUCUCUUUUGAAAGUCCUUCUCUUCCUGUGCGUCCCCUGAAACCAACAAAUACUGUUCCCAAACUCUCCAUAGCUGCCCAGUCAAAUGCCUUUAGAUCCCCAGUGGACUGUUUUUCAAGCAAUGUAGUAGCACCUCCAACACAAAAUAUUAGUUCUGCAGAAGAUCUGAUCAGCUUUGAUGAUGAUAUUUUAUCCUGUAAUGCAGUCAGGGGUCUUCAAGAAGUUUCUCAGUCAGAAUCAGAUCCUACCAAUUUGCCAUCCAAAGCUGAGUCUGCAAAAGAGCAACCAGUUCAGCCAGCUGUUGUGCGGAAACCUACUGUGAUCCGAAUUCCAUCUAAACCAGCAAAAGCUUUAGAUGACAUUCUGGAAAGCCCUCCUCCGUUACCUACAGAGAAACCAAUUGGGAACACAUCUGGUAUUGAAACUGGAAAACCCAAUAACAUCAAAAUAAUUAAAAAGGAACCGGAACAGCCUAGCUUGAUACAGCCAUUCAAGAAUGACCCUGUUCUGCCUCCAAGACCCAUUAAGGGGAAAAUCAUACCUGCUCAACCUUCUCCACUUAAAGGUGCCCCAGGAAGACCACCACCACCAAAAUCUACUAAAAUAUCAUCACAUACUGAUAGAUUUCCACGCUCAUCAUCUGAUGUGACACUCCAUAAGAAACCUAGCAUGCUUGGAUUAGGAAUCAAGAAAACGAAGAGUGACAUUUUAAAAAAUCAUGGCUCAGCUUUACCCCCUCGACCCAAGCCAGGUCAUCCUCUAUACAAUAAAUACAUGCUUCCUAUGCCUCAUGGAAUUGCUAAGGAAGAAAUUUCUUCUCAAAAUGCUGGACAUCUCUCUUGCAAGGAUUCAGCUAAUCUGCGGAAGAUUAGUGAUUCAAGCGUUCCUCAUGCGAUAGUGCUGCAUAAUUUCAUAGCAGACCAUACUGAUGAUUUGGACCUUAGUACUGGAGAGACUGUUUUUCUUCUGGAAAAAAUAGAUGAUGAGUGGUACAGAGGAAAAUGCAAGAAUCGCACUGGGAUUUUUCCUGCUAGCUUUGUCAAAGUUAUUAUUGAUAUUCCAGGAGAAAACAGCUGUAAAACAGAGCAGUUACCAUCCAAUAUUGUAGGCCCAAGAUGUAGAGCUAGAUUUGAAUAUAUUGGAGACCAGAAAGAUGAAUUAAGUUUUUCAGAAGGUGAAAUUAUUAUUUUGAAUGGGUAUGUCAAUGAAGAAUGGGCCAAAGGAGAGCUGAGAGGUACUUCUGGAAUUUUUCCCUUAAACUUCGUGGAAGUUAUUGAAGAUCUAUCCGAAUCAGGUGAUGUUGGUUUCUCACUGAGGAAUAAAAAUUCAGGACCAAUAACACAGCUGGAAGAACAAGCUGGGCAGUGGUGUGAUGCUCUUCAUGAUUUUACAGCAGAAACUCAGGAGGACUUACCAUUUAAAAAAGGAGACCAUAUCUUGAUAUUAGAACACUUGGAUUCAGAGUGGUAUAGAGGGAGGUUAAAUGGAAAGGAAGGCAUUUUCCCAGCUGUGUUUGUUCAUGUUUGUUCAGGUGGAACACAGUCAUCACAACCUCAGGGAGGGAAGAAACCAAAAGCUAAGGCCCUGUAUGAUUUUCAUGCAGAGAACAUAGAUGAACUUUCUUUCAACGUUGGUGACAUCAUAACAGAACUAGAAUCUGUAGAUGAAGAAUGGAUGAGUGGAGAAUUACAAGGCAAAUUUGGAAUCUUUCCAAAGAAUUUUGUCCAAAUUCUACAUCUCUCCUAAGGUGAAAUCCAGUUCUGGAGCAUUGUUUUUACAAGUGAAUACUUUAUUGGAAGAGAAGCAUGUUAUAUUCUGGGUAGCAGAGAGAAUUUGAUCUAGACUAUCAAAUGCAUUUUUGCACUAUUUUUAUAAAAUAUAUACUAGACUGUACAAUAUUUUGUUUUUAGUUGAUACUGAGCAGAACUACACAUUUCUUAAAAACAAAAGGAAUACAAAGCCUUAUUAUUUAAACUAGGUGCAUUUUAAUCAUUUUAUAUUCUCUCUAAAGUCCAAUGAAUUCUUAAACACUGCUCAAGUAGCUUCUUAUUUACAGUACACAUCCCACACUAUAGAUAGUGAGUCAAGUUUUCAGAAACUGAAAGAGUUUUGCCAUAUGAAAGCAAUAAAUCCUGAUAUAUAAAUAAGAUUAACAUGGAAAAAAGUUUGGGCUUUUUUUCUUUACUUAAACCAAGUAAAUUAAAUUACUUAUGAAUGCAUCACUUUUAGUCUGGAUUGAAGUAUCCUGAAAUGACUGGAUUCUGUGAAUUAAAGUGCCUUACACUAGGACAGACCAUUAGUCUUUUUAAUCCAGUUUUCUAUCCUAGCUGCUAAUGGCUUUCCAGGAACUUUCAAACAGGGUUGAUUCCCAGCACUUGCUCCCUGAUCCUUUUUAAUGGAUAUGUGCAAAAUAUGUACAGUAGGGCUGUGCAAAGCAAUUGAAUGAGGACCAUUGCAAUGUACAGCAGAUACAAAAUGCCUGCUUUGGUUAAAAGUAUCUUUUUCAAGUCUCAUACUGCUGCUUCAGAAGCUGUUCUGAACGAUCUCCACUUGCACAUCUAUACUCUUUAAUGCUUUGCCCAGUUCUAAUGUAUAACAAUUGUAUAUUUUUUAUGAUAAGAAAGAUUGGUAACUUUUCUUAUUACUUUCAGCAAAUAAACUUAAAACUACAGAGAUUCCUUACUUUCUGCAGCCAGUGGGUUCUGCUCUGUCAUAACCUUAAUUUAUAUCUAGAGUGGUUCUUCAAGGAUUCAUCUUUCUUCUUGGAUCCUUUAUUCUCUGAUACCAUUUUGGAUCUUUAAAUUGUGUGAUGCUACCCAUUGCCUUAUUCUUCUUGAAUCUGUUUUCAGGAAUUAAGUAUGUUCAGAAAACUAUCAGUGCUAAGUGAUGGAAGAAUAUGUUUCACAGGCCUUGCUACCAUGACUAACCUUACAAAAGUAGAUAUACUACAGCCUGUGUUGUCUCCUCAAUCUCCAACUUUGUAAAUGUAAUUGAACAUAAAAAAAAAUGCAACUUAAAAUUAAACUUCCAAGUCCCAUUUUUGCCCCAUAGUUACCCAAGAUUGCAUUCUUUAAAAAAUGUGCUCUGAUUUCCUGUCAGUUUUACCAGGAACUAAUAUUAAAUGUUUUGUAAACUCUGAGGCUUAAUGGAUCUAAAACAUAGUUCCUUCUAUCUCUCAAAACCUAAAUGAGUAAAAUGGGUCCAAAAUCCAUUCUUUUCCUGCUCUAAUACCAAUAUUACAUUUCUCCUUUUUGCUGUGGCUUUUUUUUUGGGGGGGGGGAAACCCCUGUAGUUAAUUACAUAGUCACAGCCUUGCCUAUAAUUAUUGGAAACAUUACUUUUAUGUGUAAGAAAUGCACAUUUACAGGCACAGCUAGCAAGAAUAAAUUUAACUAGAUAAAUAAUGAAAAUUCAGUAGCUACUCCAUCAUGUGAACAACCUGAUCCCAAAGGAUGAAGAAAGGAAAAUUCUUUCACAGUGCCAUUUUUCCUCCAAACAAAGCCCUUUUGAUAGUAGGGAGGGGGAGAAAAAAACAUGCAGGAACAGCUUCCCUUUGCAGAACUCCUACACCUUCAUUUUCCAGAACUAAUAGCUAGCUGCUAAGCCACAAAACACAUGAUUCAGAAGCCGGACCAUCAUUGUAAUAAGCUAGCCUACUGCAGUUUUGUGAUUUGCAAGGAGUGCUUUGAGUACAAUUUCACCAAUGCUUUUAAUUAAGGCUAUAGUUUAAACCAAAUUACACUUUGGUUUGAGGUUUAGCAUAUUGUGUACCAAGUUAUCUUUACGUUAGAGGACAAAGGCCAUGAAAAAUCUUAAGCCGCAUUUUGCUUUUGAUUCAAUUAAUGUGUUGCUUAUUCAUAAAAUGGCAGUAGUUUCCUAUUUUAAUUUUUUGAAGCUUCCUUUAUGCACGCUUCCUGUUCUCAGUGGCUUGUUUUGGUACUUACAAAUGGGACUAUUUAAUGGACAAAGUUGCUAAUAUUAACCAAGAUUUCUAUUUAAAAACUGGAUGAAAGAGGAAAAUAUACACCUGUUCAGGUAAUUUUCUUCGAAUGUUAUCUUCUUCCCUAGGUUGUGGUCAUUCUUUAAGAAUAAAAUAGCUACAUGAUAAAAAAAUGGAUACAUAAUCAAAAUUUAGCUUUCCAGUAAGGAGAUAUAGAAGAUAAAUUACAUGAACAUAGUGUUAUCAUUAAGUAGUGUGAAGUUGGUUAGUGAAGCAGAACCCACCACUCACAACAGCAACCCUUGUUACUAACAUGUUUUGCUAUUUUUUUUUUUUUUAAGAAUGACG